GUGUGCCCAUCUCUCUGGGUCCUUUCGCUCGUCUUCUAUCGUCUCCCUUGGGUUGAUAAAGAAAGCUGCCCUAGGGUUUCUCCUCGCAUCUUUCUCCUCUCCUCUCCUUUUCCCUGUUGCCCCUUCUUCCUUUCUAUUUUCUUUCUAGUUUCAUCACCCUUGUUGAUCCCCCUCUCGGCGGAGGAUGGAGGAAUUUUCUCAGCUGGGAGGCAAUCUCUGGGGAGGGUUGAUGUGUUCCACAUCUCCUGCGGCAAAAUCUUCAGGCGAUACGGGUGCGGUCGCCAUGGUUGCACCUCCCUCGGGAGGUGCGUCUGUGUUUGACAAAGGUCACGGCUGCAUCCCCAACCCUCUCCUCCUCGGCAGCGGUGGCAAUCAGAACUCCCAUCUCCUAGCCAAACACGAGGGGGCCUCCUCCUCCCACUUCCCUCCGUGCGACGUGGAUGCCAUCAAAGCCAAGAUCAUCUCCCACCCUCAGUACUCCAGCCUCCUCGCUGCUUAUAUCGACUGCCAAAAGGUGGGGGCUCCCCCUGAGGUUGUAGACCGCCUCUCCGCCGUGGCUCAGGAGUUGGAAAUGAGACAGCGCGCGAGUUUGAUCUGCCGAGACGCUCCUACGGAUCCCGAGCUCGACCAGUUCAUGGAGGCAUACCAUGAGAUGCUGGUCAAGUACAGGGAAGAGCUAACGAGGCCAUUGCAAGAGGCCAUGGAGUUUCUCCGAAGGGUGGAGGCUCAGCUCAACUCCCUGUCUCUCACCGACGGCUCCCUACGCAUCUUGUCCGCUGAUGACAAGUUUGGGGUUUGUUCAUCGGAAGACGACCAAGAUGGGAGUGGGGGAGAAACUGAACUCCCCGAGCUCGAUGCAUCUGCCGAGGACCGAGAGCUGAAGCACCAACUUCUGAGGAAGUACAGCGGUUAUUUGAGCAGCCUCAGGCAAGAGCUUUCCAAGAAGAAGAAAAAGGGGAAACUCCCAAAGGAUGCCCGACAACAGUUGCUCAACUGGUGGGAGCUGCAUUACAAGUGGCCUUAUCCUUCCGAGACUCAGAAGGUGGCGCUAGCAGAAUCUACCGGCCUUGAUCUGAAGCAGAUCAACAACUGGUUCAUAAAUCAAAGGAAGAGGCACUGGAAGCCAUCGGAAGACAUGCAGUUCGUCGUCAUGGAUGGCUACCAUGCACCCAAUGCUGCACUUUACAUGGAUGGACAGUACUUUAUGGGCGACGGCUUGUAUCGCCUGGGACCUUAGAUCAUGCAUCUUCAAAUGUUGCCACUGUGUUUUCUUGCUUGACCUAUCGAGGGAGUAUCUUAUCAUGGGAAAGGUACCAAGUCUGUUGUCUGUAUUAAUAUAUCUAUACGAUGCUCUUUAGCUUACUAUUAUGGCAAGAGAACUACUAUGGUCAUAAUAUUAAGUUGUAGCAGAUGAUGAUGAUUAUUAUUAUUAUUAUGUGGUCUCUGACUAUGACUGUUUGUUCCA